AUGGCGCCUCCACACGGUUUUUCGUGGAUAGUCCGAUCAGACCACUAUAAAGAUUUUCAAUGCGGUUUUAGAUUCGGCAAGUCAGUCCAUUUAGCUUUGGAUAAUUUUAAAGAUAACUUAACACACCUAAAAAAUAAUUACAAACACGUUGCAGCUAUAUCUUUAGAUAUUAAAAGUGCUUUUGACAACAUUCAAUAUAGUAUAAUUAAUCAUGAGUUGUCAAAACAUCAUAUUCCCUCUAAUCUUUGCCUUUUCAUAGAAAGUAUAAACACAAAUAGACAAGCAAUUGUUUCAACAGAUCAAGGUUACGUAACUAAAAACAUUUCAAAAGGUUGUCCCCAGGGGUCAUGUAUUGGUCCUACAGCAUGGAAUCUUACUAUCAAUAGUUUGCUUAACAUACAUUCUGAAAAUUAUAUGAUCCAAGCUUUUGCAGACGAUCUGAUUAUACUGACUUUUGCCAACUCAAGGAGAAAUUUGGAAGAGAUUACAAAUAAUUCCCUUAAUGAAAUUCACACAUGGCUAAUUCAAAAUGCUCUAAAUCUUUCUAUAGAAAAAACAGUUUACAUCCACUUUUAUAACACAGAUCGCAGUGCAAUAUUUAAAAUCAAUAAUAUUAAAAUUAAACAUUCUAAUCAUUUUAAAUAUCUAGGAGUAGUCAUUGACAAAAAAUUAAACUGGGGUUCUCACAUUAAUCUUUUAAAACAAAAAUCUAAAACAUUAUUAAAUUCGCUUCAAAAAAUCAACCAAAAAUCAUGGGGUAUCAACCAAAAAGCGAGAAAAUUAAUAUACAAUACAGUAAUAAUUCCCGCAUUAGCUCAUGGUUGCAGCCUAUGGGCUACGAAUAUCUCUCCACGUAUUUAUCGCACUUUACAAUCUAUUCAAAGAAAAUUUCUUUUAAACAUGAGUAGAGCAUAUUAUUCUACCCCAACGGCAGCACUUCAAGUACUAACAAAUAUUCCUCCUCUCGCAGAACAGAUUAUGUCAAUAUCUUGUUCAACAACCGUAACUCACCUCCAAAAAGAUGCCAAAUUUAAUAAUAUAACGUAUAAUACACUAGACUAUGAGAAAAAGCUAAAAAUACCACAUCGCCAUCCUUCUUUUCACACAAUUAACAAAAUAACUUUAGUAGAACAGAAUAAUUUUGAUUUUAACAGAAAAACAAACUAUUUUACAGAUGGCUCGAAGACAAAUACAGGCACAGCUUUCGCUUUCCUCAAUAUUACACAUUCACAAAGCUACACAUUAGACAAGGAAAAUUCAGUCUUUCAAGCCGAACAGUUGGCAAUCUUUGAAUGCAUUAAAUACAUUAAGAGCACUGAAAACUUCAAUAAUAACGAUACUUAUGUAAUCUGGUCAGACUCAAAAUCAUCAAUAUCAUCAAUACUUGAUUUUGGCACAAAUAAUAGAAUUUCUUUUGAUAUUCAACAAGAACUACAACACACAUCAAUUCAAAUUUCCUGGAUUAAAGCACACAGCAAUAGAGUAGGUAAUGAAAAAGCAGAUGAUUUAGCUAAACAAUCUACGAGACAACCGAAAAAUUAUGUAUACCCACUUCCAGUUUCAUAUCUUAAACGACGUAUUAAAGAUUCUCUUCUAACAAAAUGGCAAUUUCAAUGGAAUAAUUCAGACAGAGGCAGACGUCUAUUCAAAAUUAUUAACAAUGUUACUUUUUUCAAAACAAUUCCUCCAAAACAAGUCAUCUGGUUCUUGACGGGUCAUGGACCAUUUCCAACCUUCUUUAAUUACCUGCAUAUAACAGAUACUGAUCUUUGCACCUGCGGCCAACAAGGUUCGCCUGAACAUUAUCUCACUAGUUGUUCCUACACUGUCUCCUGGCAUAGUCGUCAACCUAGCCCAACAAAUUUAGAAAUUUGGCAGAAAACUUUUAUUACAAACAAUACUUUAAAUAAAAGAUUAAUAACAGUAAUGAACUUCUUAGCGGAUAAUGACUAUCUAUUAAAAUUUUAAUAACUUCCCAUUUCACAUGUAUAAUAUUUUUUUUGUCUAAUUUCUUCUUAAAUUCCACACUU